AUGCGCAAUGAUGUUUUUGAAAGUAGCAUAGUCUCUUCAUCCACCUGGCCUGACAUGGAUCCCAUCAGCAACGGAGAUGCACGAGCAGCCGUCCUACCAAUGAGUGUGAUGGAGGCCGUUUGCAAAACAAUCUCUGGGACGUGGGGAGCAUUGGAGUUGUCUAUUAAUGGCUUCACCUCCAGUAACAGUGGAAUCGGCGUGCCCGCAACAAGGUACAAUGGGUACUGGAACUCAACACCGAAGGAAAGUAAGGCAAUUGUCCGGGAGAAAGCCAGGCCUUGA